AUCGAUAAAAAUCGCUAAUUGGCACUUGGCAGAGAAAGAGGGUCGCCUAUAUAGAAAUCGAAGAAAGAGACGGAGAGAGAAACGUAUAUCACAAAUUCUCUCUCUAUCUCUCUUCGACGAUCUCCAUCGAUCUCUAGGGACUCAUCUUAUGCGAUUUUGAGGUUAGAGCUGGGCAGGAGGAGUUGAAUUUUCGAAGAGGUUAUCUGGCGAGCAGAUUCUCAAGUGAAUUUUGUGCAGGGGAGGUGAAAAAAUGGAGCAUGAUGAAAUGGGAUGCCAACCUCCUCCUGAAGGUCCUAUUCUUUGCAUUAAUAACUGUGGCUUCUUCGGAAGUGCGGCGACCAUGAACAUGUGUUCCAAGUGCCACAGGGACUUGGUAGUGAAACAAGAGCAGGCAAAACUUGCUGCUUCAUCCAUUGAGAAUAUUGUUAAUGGAUCAUCAAGUGGCAAUGGAAAGGAACCCAUCAUUGCUGACACAGUGGAUGUGCAAGUUGAUUCAGUGAAAGAAAAUUUUUUUGCUCCACUGCCAUCUCAUGAUUUUUCUUUUGGGGUAACUGGCGAGGAAAAGGCAACGGAGGGUCCUAAACGGUGCAGCACUUGUAAGAAACGUGUUGGCUUAACUGGGUUCAUGUGUCGUUGUGGUAAUAUGUUCUGUGGAUCACAUCGCUACUCAGACAAACAUGACUGCCCAUUUGAUUACCGCACCGCUGCUCAGGAUGCUAUUGCUAAAGCCAAUCCGGUUGUCAAGGCCGAAAAGCUUGAUAAAAUCUAGAGCUACUAGAUUGAAGUUCAUAUGCUGAAAUUUGCUGCUUCUUGUUCGUCAAUGACACUUGUGUGGCUGCGUAUUGUGUCAGAUGUCCUUUUAUAUUGCUUGCUAUAUAUCCUGGGUGACAGUUGGGACAUCUCUCCAGUUUGAAGAACUCACUCUAUAUUCCCUGUCAUUGGCAAGAAUUUGUUUGUUGCUUCAGUGUCUUGAGUCUUUGUGCUGGUUUGAUGGGUGUCAUUGUGGUUAUAGCUUCAUAAUGUGUCAGUCUGGUUCCUAUGACAUAUCUCUCUCAGGGUACAUGUCAAAUGGGCAUGUGCUGUUUCUUAGAUAAAAUGGAACACAUUCAUGGAUAUUGUUUUGGCGGGCUUUGUAAAUUAUGCUCUUGGGUUUCUUAGCAUCUCUCUAUUUAUAUAUUGGGUGGCAUGUGGAAUA